AUGACAAUUAAGAGCCACCCAACCCCAAAGCCCCUUAAGGUUGCCAUCAUCGGCGGUGGUCCCGGUGGACUAGGCGCCGCCAUCGAAUUUGGAAAGCUAGACUACGUCGACUGGACACUUUACGAAAAGAAACCCCAAAUCAGUGAGACCGGAGGCGGCAUCAGUUUGCAACGACACACGUGGAGGCUGCUGGAGUUGAAUGGGGCAGCCAAGAACAUCCACCCAGACGAUUUCUUCAGGUCACCAGACGGCACGAGCGGACAGCAAAGAAACGGCAGAACCGGCAAGCUUCUGGAGCAAAGCAGCCACCCCGCAGACACGCCGCCCCAACAGCUGAGCUGCCGCAUGGUGCGGGCGAAGCUGCAAGCCGCCCUGCUCAAAGAUGUCGACCAGUCGCGUGUCAAGACUUCGAAAAAGCUGACCAGCAUUCUGGUUCUGCCGAAUGGCAAGGUUGAGAUCAGUUUCGAAGAUGGCUUCACCGACGAAGUGGACUUGCUGGUGGGUGCUGACGGAAUCCGAUCGGUAAGCAGAAUCCACAGCACCAGCAGCCCGAUCCGGACGGUCCAGGAAGCUGACGGGCAACAGUUUGUGAGGUCGUUUGCCUUCCCUUCGCACAAAAUCAAGUACAACGGCCAGUCGGCCUACCGCACCAUCAUCCACAGGCCAACGGCCGAAAAGAUUGACGGGAUCCCGCAGUCCCCCGUCUUCUGGCAGAACACCGGCGGGAAGUACGUCUUCACGUGCCCCCUGGGCGGCGACGACUUCGAGGUGACGGCGCGCAUCCGCCGGCCAAUCGAGGGCCAGCAGCACGUCAGCUGGGGCCGGCCCUUUGACUUCUCGACCAUCGCGUCGGAGUACGACGAGUUCUGUGAACCCGUACGAAAGGUCAUACAGCUUGCCGCCCAGGGCGAGACCCAGGAGUUCGCCCUCUUCUCGGGGCCGCGGCUGGAGAGCGUCAUCUCCCACGGCGCCCUGGCCCUGAUCGGGGAUGCUUCCCACCCCCUCUCGGGCGCGUUCGGCGCGGGCGCCGGGUUUGCGCUGGAGGACGUCUAUGCCCUGACUCGGAGCAUCGACUGGGCUCAGCGGAACGCAAAGGGCCUGCCUGCGGCGCUGGAUCUGUACGACCAGAUUCGGUCUCCGCAUUACCGUGACCUGUACGGGGUUCUGGACAACUUUGCGGCCCUCAACUCCGCGCUGCUGGCCGAGAAACUCCCCGUGGAGGAGGAGAUUGAGGAGCGUGUAAGGAGGGCGGGCGAGAGUAGGAGUACUUGGAUGUACCAUUACGAGAUAGAAAAGGCCGUCGAUAAGUUCCUCGGGGCAACUGGCGAACCUAGCCAGGUGGCUUCUGUGCUCUGAGGC